AUGUUGGAUAAGAAAUUGCAAGAAGCGCGAAUGAUCCGCACGCAGAAAGAUGAUACAAGGGCAUUGGAAAGGUCCACGGGCGCGAGCGCAACCCCAACGAGCAAACUACAAGGCUCAAAGUCAAAUAGCGAGGAGAUGGUGAAAAAUCAGCACAAAAAGGAGGAAUCGAUUCAAUCAGGUUUGCCAUUCGACUCCACCUUGGAAGCUCUUUUGCAUCAAGCAAAGGAGCUCGAAGUUUUCAACGCUGAGCAUGAAUCCUCGCAAUCAAGGAAAGGAGUCAAGCAAUUUCGUCAGGUGUCUCCGGCCAAGUCAGGCAAGGCUACAGGAGCCGGAGUAGGGGAUUCCCCCAAAACGUCUUAUGGCAGAGGACAAGAGGGCCUGGCAAGAAAACGGGACGGCUCUGAUAGGAAGCAUGAAGGAAGACAGAUGGUGCAGAGCAGAACAAAGGAGGAAUCAGAUCGAGGGGAGGCUCGAGGAGAAGGCCCUCCUCAAAAGCAGAAGCUCGUCGUCGUCACUCACUCAGCUGACCAAAUGGACGGGAGUGCGGUGAGCAGAUCGGGAAAUCCCAACGUCAAGCAGCCAACCCCAGCUGCGCCUGAGCUCAGGCUUCCAAUGCAAAGAGAAGACCGACUACGUCCCCUGAGCAGCCAAAAGAAGACUGAAAAGGCGGAAGAUGGAGGGGAGGAGGAGGCAUGGAAUCAGUACGUCAGAAGCUUGGAGCAGGGAGACGCGGUGGCGGGUGGAAUGUUUGCCAGGUGCGGGGGCGCAUGGCUGUCGGAAGAGAGCAUGGAGUUGACGUGUAGAGAGCUGGUCCACCUGCUGGAGGAGAGCAGCUUGUCAAAGCUGAGAGGCGAUCCCUCGCUGGUUGAGGUGAGCAAGAGACCCUUGUCGCUGGAUCCUAACUGA